AUGGCAGAGAAGGUAUCCACGUUGAUCAUUGAAGCCAACCUCGAAUGCGAGAAAUGCUACAAGAAGAUUCAGAAAGUGCUAGGCAAACUCCAAGAGAAGGAGAAGAUCAGGACCAUCAUUUUCGACACGAAGAAGAACACGGUGACUAUCUCUGGCCCAUUCGACACGGCGAAGCUGUCCAAGAAGCCGCGAUGCAAGGCCUGCAAGGCGAUCAAGGAUAUCAAGAUCGUUGAAGAGAAGAAGCCCGAUGCCAAGAAGCCGGAGGAGAAGAAGCCAGAGGAGAAGAAGCCCGAGGAGAAGAAGCCGGCCGCCGAUGGCUGCAAGUGUUGCUGCAAGAAACCGGACGAGAAGAAGCCGGAUGAGAAGAAGAAGCCCGACGAGAAGAAGCCGGAGGAAAAGAAGAAACCCGACGAGAAGAAGCCAGAUGAUAAGAAGCCGGAGGAGAAGCCCAAAUCCAAGGAGGAGACCAAACCGGCCGCGCCGUCGACGACUGUGAACCUGCAGUUCACGCAGAUCUUACUGUAUUUGUUUAUGUCUAUCCGCAGCAAAGAAGGUGUAGCUGCCACGUACAUUCUCAGUGUGAAAAUAUAUGUUCUCCGAACAAUUGAUGUAGCUUUGUAUAGAUAA